GCAUUCAAAAUCUCUUUAAAAACUCGAUAACAUCUCUUCCCUCUGCCAUUCAAUUCCUUUCCUCUGCAAUCAAAUUAAUUAAUGGGUUCUUCAAAGCUGCCUCCUUCCACGACGGUGCUAAAAUGGCUGGGAUUUGUCUCCGCCGUCUGGAUUCAAGCCAUUUCCGGCAACAACUACACCUUCUCCAACUACUCCGACGCCCUCAAAUCUCUCAUGAAUCUCACCCAACUUCAGCUCAACAAUCUCUCCGUCGCUAAAGAUGUCGGUAAAGCCUUCGGUCUUCUCGCCGGAAUCGCCUCUGAUCGGUUCCCCACAUGGGUCAUCUUGCUCAUCGGAUCCCUUGAAGGUCUCAUUGGCUAUGGCGCUCAAUGGCUCGUCGUUAGCCAGAGAAUUUCCCCUCUUCCUUACUGGCAGAUGUGUUUCUUUCUGUGUUUGGGCGGAAACAGCACCACGUGGAUGAACACGGCGGUUCUGGUGACCUGUAUCAGAAACUUCCGGAAGAAUCGCGGCCCGGUUUCCGGUAUUCUCAAAGGCUAUGUGGGCCUCAGUACCGCCAUUUUCACCGAUCUCUGUACUGCUCUGUUUUCCGAUGACCCAUCUUCCUUCCUCGUCAUGCUCGCCGUCGUCCCCUUUGCCGUCUGUCUCUUCGCCAUGUUCUUCCUCCGUGAGAUUCCGUCUACAGCAACCGCCAAUGCCCAAGAAGAGUCCAGUUUCUUCGCCGUCUUCAACGCCCUCGCCGUCGUCGUCGCCGUCUAUCUCUUAGGCUUUGAUUUCAUCAAAAACUCGGGCAAAGUCGUUUCCCAGUUGUUCUCUGUCGGAUUAUUGAUUCUCCUCGGAUCCCCUUUGGUUAUCCCGAUUUACUCGUUUUUCAAGAGCUGGAAUUCGAAUCAAACCCAAUUGGAUUUAGAGGCUAAAAUUGAGGAGCCAUUGCUUAAGGAAGAAGCCUUGGCGGCGGCUGAACAGAGUACGGUGGCGAAGGAGGAAGAAAUAGCAGAGGAGAGAACACCGCCGGUGAUCGGCGAAGAACACACGAUUUUUGAAGCGAUGAAAACGGUGGAUUUCUGGGUUUUGUUCGUGUCGUUUCUCUGCGGCGUGGGGACAGGAUUGGCGGUGAUGAACAACAUGGGUCAGAUCGGAUUAGCUCUUGGUUACGCCGAUGUUUCCAUGUUCGUUUCUCUGACAAGCAUCUGGGGCUUUUUCGGCCGUAUUCUCGCCGGCACAAUUUCCGAGCACUUUCUCAAAAAAUCCGGCACACCGAGGCCUCUAUGGAACGCGGCAUCUCAAAUUCUAAUGACAAUUGGAUACAUUCUAAUGGCAAUGGCAAUGCCGGGGUCUCUCUACAUCGGUUCGAUGGUCGUCGGGAUUUGCUACGGCGUACGUCUCUCCAUCACCGUCCCCACCGCGUCGGAGCUCUUCGGGCUCAAAUACUACGGUCUAAUUUACAACAUUCUGAUCCUCAACCUCCCGAUCGGUUCGUUCCUGUUCUCGGGGCUCCUCGCCGGGUUCCUCUACGACAUGGAGGCGACACCAAACCCGGGCGGCGGGAACACGUGCAUCGGCGGGCAUUGUUACAGAAUUGUGUUCGUUGUGAUGGCUUUAGCUUGUGUGAUUGGGUUUGUUUUGGACAUUUGGUUGGCGUUUAGAACCAAGGUGCUUUAUUCAAAGCUGAAAGCCAACAAGAAAUCAAACAAGGGGAGCUCUUAGAGUGGGAUGGUUUGGUAAAUUGGUGGAUUGAUGGGAAUUUUUACCCAAUGACAUCCCCCAAUUUUUUUUUAUUUUAUAUUAUUUUGUCAUUCUAGUUUGGAAAUUAUUAUUAUUAUUAUUAUUAGU